UUGCAUUGCACUUCAAAUUUUUUUUCUUUUAGCGCACCAGUAUCUUGGAUCCAACUUUGUCGUAGAGCUGAUGAGAAAAUUGGACUAAAAAUAGAGGACGGUGUUAUUCGUGGAUUUGAAGAAAAUUCGAGCGCCCGUGACAACGGUGUGCCCCUUGACAGACACAUCGUAGAAAUAAAUGGCGUAAAUGUCGUUGGGCUCAAUGACGAGAAACUUGAGCAAAUCUUUGCUGCAAUCACGGGCGCCUUUACGCUUACCCUCCUUAGGCACAAAGACUACGACAAACUUGUAAGCGGGUAG